ACUCCUGCAUCCUCUGUAAUGUGUGUCUGCCAUGGAUGUUUUUGUUUCUGGUUAUCAGUUCUGUUUCUGUCCUGUAGAUCUGGGAAAUACUGUGACAUUAUGAAGAAUAUCUGAACAUUCUCUCAUGGUGGCUGCCUGGUGCAUUCAGACACUAUCCAACUCAAUGCAGCUCUGCUCUGCCUUUCCUCCAGGAGAUCAGGGGUUAAAACACCAGCCCUCCUGUCCAGAUGUUACCAAACGACCAAUCAAGAGGAAGAGGCAGGGCCAGUGUGAAUUUCUCCCAGGCUCUCUGCUCACAGCAGCUGUAGUAGGAUCCGCAGCUCCAUGACCAGUGCAGCCGGCAGAGUAACAGCACAGGAGGCAGAGCACAAACAAAUUCUGCAGAGCUGUGCAAUGAGUGGACUAACAGACAAGUAUUUUUAACCAGACGAAUUGGACGCACAGAAACAGAGGGUGUUGAGGGCCCUGCUCAAACAAGCUUUCAUUUUAGAAGGAGAGGGGUAAAGUGACACAAGAGGUACCCAAUUGGGGACAUGAGUCUACACACAAGCCUGUGAGAAUGAGCCCCUGAGAAUGACAUCACUGCCUGGGACUAUCGCCACCCACAAGUCUGAGUGGGUCUCCUUCAAUGAAGAAUUUAAAUACCAAGAUGGGGAAAAGAAGGAAGCAGUGAAAAAGGCACCGGAGGUUUCCAUAGCAGACCUCGAGGGAAGGUCACAGGUAUGCGCUGGGGGUGAAGACUUGCCUCCGAAAUUUCUGCUUGAUGCCGUGUCCUUGGGAAGAGAUCAUGUAAACAAUUCUCAAGAGCCUGGGAAAGAUCUAUUACCAACAUGGGUUCAGUUUGAAGAAACCUCUCCUUCUGUUACUACGUCCAAAACCGCUUCCCUAUUGAAAGAUAUAUCAUGUACUUCGCCGGCUCGGAGUGCCACCAGAAGACACGGCCUACCCUCACAGAGCAGCUCGGAGACUCAGUACGAUGGUAGCAGCAGCCCAAGCAUUAGCCCUUCGUACGCCGAUCUGCAGACCAUCCAAACAGAUGAAGCCGUCAGCGAGGAUGCUUCCGAAACUGGCUCGGCUGAUAAUUCCUCAUGUUUCCAGGAAGAUGAAGAGUUAGACAUGGAGCCUGUCAACUGGCCAGCUGACACUUGCACAGUCAAUGGCCACACAGAUUCAGCUACGAGAUCUAGGUUUCCCAGUUGGGUCACUUUUGAAGAGGAAACCGUUCCACCUUCUCCAAAAGGUUCUCCUCAGAAGCCACCUGAGACACCAAAGUCCCCUUUGACACCAGACACUAAUUUUAAUUCUCCUGGAUCCCUGAAAAAGAGAGAGAGGCCUAAAAGUUCCCUGGUUGAUCUUUCUAGAGGUCAGAGACUACAUUUGUCUUCCUUGCACAGGCAACUUUCCUUAAAUUGCACCCCCACUAAAGCUCCCAACCCAUUUCUGGAUGAAGCUUUAAAAGAUGUCCAACCUUCUCCAAUCAAUCCAUUUAGCUCCUUCUUUGAGGAAAGAGAGAGAGGCUCACAAACCUCUUCUGUGUCCAGUGGGCCAGAUAUAAGCCGAAGAGAUUCCAUCUCAAUACUCACAGAAGAACUUGACACUGAUCAAUUUGAGGACUACAGAAAAAAAGCCCUGCAAGCUAGGGCUGUAGAGCACCUCAAGCAGAUUAAACUUGAGGAUCCAGAUUCUCCAGGUACCACUUCACUGCCUGAUGACCCACUGAAAUUUGAGGAGCCUCUAGGCCCCUGUUUGGAAUUUAUUAAACCUCAGCCAAAAGAUGGUUGGCCUAUGAUGUUGCGGAUUCCAGAGAAGAAGAACAUAAUGUCUUCUAGACACUGGGGUCCAAUCUAUGUCAAACUAACAGAAACUGGUUUCAUGCAACUAUUUUAUGAAAGGGGACUGGAAAAGCCUUUCCGAGAAUUUAAACUUGAGGUAAACCAUGAUAUAUCGGAUCCCAAACUCCAGAACUAUGAUGAAAAUGGGAGGAUUCAUACCAUUCGUAUAGACAGAGUUUUAUACAAAGAGAAACGGAAAUACCAACCAAUGCCUUUGGUUACUCACACAGGCGAGAGAGAGCAGGUAGUCAAGUUGGGGACAACAGACUAUUCAGACUUCAUUAGCAUUAUCUCUGCCAUCCAAGAUGUCCUUUUUCAUCUGCCAGCCAUAGUGGAUCUGAGCACAGUGUACCAAAAUUACAUUGAAGAAGAGAUCACAUUAGAUGUGAAGGAUGAAUUUCGUGGAAUACUUGGCAAGGGUGAUAAUCGGCUUCUUCAGCACUCAGUCGUCACUUAUAUCCAUGUUCUUAGCUUCAUCUCAGGGAUGACUGACUGUAGGUUGGGCUUUAAUGAUAUUCUUGUCAAAGGGAACGAAGUUGUCUCAAGACAGGACAUUAUGCCAACCACAACUACCAAGUGGGUGAGACUUCAUGAAUGCCAGUUCCAUGGAUCAGUAGACGAAGAAUUGUUCCACAGUUCUAGGAUGGUGGUAUUCACUCCACUGGAUGCCUGCAAGUUUGAGCUUAUGAGGUUUAGGACUGUGUUCUCGGAAAAAACUUUGCCUUUCACACUCAGGACAGUGGUUUGUGUCCAAGGGGCUGAGGUUGAGCUGCAGAGUUGGCUGGUUAUGUCAACAGGGUUCUCUUCCAACAGAGAUAAUCUAUCACAGGUCCCUUGUGAAAAUGUCACCAUUCGACACCCGGUUCCUGCAGAAUGGGUGAAUUAUUUCCGUAGGGACAGCGUCUUGGGAGAGAGGUCUCUAAAAGCCAAGGUCAACAGGGAAGCAAGCUUUGGUUCUCCCAGUCUUUCUGGAUCAGAACCCGCUAUGAGGGUUACUUUAGGGACUGCAAAAUAUGAACAUGCUUACAAUGCCAUCGUUUGGAGGAUUAACAGACUGCCUGACAAGAACUCAGGAUGGGAUCACCCCCACUGUUUCUACUGUCAUCUUGAACUUGGCUCAGACCGAGAGGUCCCCCAGAGAUUUGCUCGCUAUGUGGAGGUUGAAUUUGACAUGCCAGCUGCCUCCGCAUCCAAGGUUGCUGUGCGAUCCAUAUCACUGGAAGACAAAACCGAUGUCAAGAAAUGGGUGAAUUAUUCUGCACAUUAUUACUACAAGGUGGAACUAGAACAGAAGAAGUCCUUGAACCAGGGCGUGGAAAGUGAAGAUGUGGAUAAUCCAUGUGAAUGCACUGCCCAAUAACAUUAACUUUCUUCUUUUUCAUAUUGGGAGGAUAACUUGCACAAAUGUCACCCGGACCGCUAAAAGACAAGGGGAGACAAGGCUUCGUACCCCAGUGAGAUGCUUACUUUUACAAUAUCUCACCAAGCUACUCCGCUUUUGGACAGUGGUACCGUGUGCCCACGUGGAUGUGUUUGGUUUUCUGACGUUACGUAAGGAAGGCGCAUUGAGAUAAAUUUGAGAUAACCUUCUUUUAAUUAAACUGGAUGGUCAUAGAGAAUUUUUAAAAUAAUUUCGAAAGAAUUGAAAGCAUUUCCUAAUUCUUCCUUGCAUUUCUCGAAAUGACCACUUUGGCCCAGAGGUCCAUCUUUGGCCACCAGUUAGCUGCCACAUGUGUGCUCACUGCUUCAUCAUGCUAACAUGUCACAACCAAUCAGGGAAUGGUUAUGAUAAGGUAUGCUGCUGCGCUAGGAAAUUGGAACUUACGGAAUUGUGUGUGACACAUGUUGAAAGAUUCCUAGCCCAGGUAGUGGCUGUACUUGGCUACCAACAUAUUCGAGGAAGUCGUACAUUUCUAUUCAAAUUCCCAAGUAUUUGCAACAAAGUUGCUGGUUUUAAGUACAGUAUAAUAUUUUGAUGUAUGUGGUCCCUUUUGAUUUUUACUUUUUUUUGUUAAUUUCAUUUUUACUAGAUAUUUUAUUUAUCUAAAAUGUCAGCACUGCAAGAAAAAAACUUUACUACAAAUAAACCUGUAAGUGCAAUAUUUUAGGGAAUGUGCCAAACUGUGUACCAGGCGAUUACUAGGGAGCUAGGCUGACUAUUGGACUGUUGUAGGGAUGUCACACCCUGAGUAUUGGAUUAUUGUAGGAUAUUUGUCAGACUGGGUACCAGGUUCUUAUAAAGGGUGUUCCCAGCAGGGAUCUGGGUUAUUAUGGGCAAAGUUCCAGGAUGACUGCCAGUUAUUAUAUACUAAAUUCAUAUAUAAAUGUUCCAUGCUGGGUACAAGGUUCUAAUAGCAGAAUGUUUCAGAAAGUGUACCAGGUUACGUCUUCCAGGAUGCUCACCGGGUUAUUCUAGGCAGUGUACCAGGAUUCUAACUGUGUCAAUAUAAGGGUUGGUCAAGGAUGGUUACCAGAUUAUUAUAUAGGAUGUUAUGGGAGGGGGUCUGGGAUGGUUACCUGGUUACUGUUGGUGAUAUUUUAGAAUUAGUACUAGUUUUUCUAGAGGAAUGUCAAGAAUGGGUGCCAGAUUAAUAUAAGGGAUGUCCCAUGGCAGUUGCUGGGUAAUUUUUAUUAGCCAAUUGUUGGCUAGCUCAACGGUUAUGCAAAGAUCUCUCUGUUGUGAUAUUUUUUAUUACGUAGGAUCGAUUUUGAAGAAAUAUCAGAACCUUAUUAAUGUGACUGGACAUCGGCCUUCUUAAAAAGCACACUAUGGCAAUUUUUGUUCAAUUACAGUCGGUUACAGAAUUCUAAUAGGAACUAAAAACACUCCUUACUAUAGACUCAGUUUUAAUUGUUUGAAUGAACCAGGAGCAGAAAUAAAUCUAGCCUGUUAGAAAAAAAAAAAUCUUUAUUAUUAUUUAUCUACACCAGUCAUCAUUAACGUCUAUGGGAAUGUUUUUGGAUAAAUCAUUUGAAAGUCAUUUUCUAAAAGAUUGGAAUCGUUUCUGCUGAUUCAAACAAAUUAAAUCAAAGCCUAUGUUGGCCAAUUUUAUGGCAGGCAAAUGUGGUAGGUCUAAAUAACUAAAAGGCCAUCAGGCAUGUGUGCACGUGACCCUCACCCAUCACACUAGUCUGCUUGGUUCGGGUUUUCCUUGUGAUUUUCUUUUUCUUUUGUACAUUUGACGUUGCACUAUCCCAAUUGUGUUUUUAUGUGUAAUUUUUUAUGGAAUGUUUGGAUAUGAUAUAUCAUUUUUAACGUUAUUGCAGAAGAUUUGUUACCUCUUAUCUACAGAGAAGGAAGAGAGUGUUUUCUUGCAAUCUGAUAUUGAUUAGCCCUCAAAUUGAAAGCUGUGCUAUAAUUAGCAACAUUGCGGAUUUUCAUUUUGUGCCACAUGUUAGCACAGCUUUGAUUGGUUGCUCUGAGAAGGAACUAGAAAUUUAUUAAAAGAACACUCUAGGCACCAGAACAAUUGCAGCUUAAUGUUCUUGGGCAAAGACCUAAACUUUCUCAAACAAUCGGUAAGGCAGAUAUUUAUUGUAAUUUUGUUAAAUACAUAGAAGGCAUUGGUAGUUGUUAUCACUGUUUUCUAAAAUUACGUAAUCGCAGCUCCUGCCUUUGAGACCUACUGAAAAAAACAACAACAAAAAACAAGAUGGCUUCUAUCUUGCUUGAUAAUUGGGCGAAUUAUGUCCCUAAAUCAUGUAAAAAAGUGAUUGCAAUUUAUCUCAAGGUUGGCUCUGACCUGCUAAAAAGUUUACAGCGCUCUCAAGAAGUAAGUUUACAGUGCUAGUCAAGUGCCACCAUUUUUGGCUACAACUGGAAGUGCCUCCGAUCAUGCUGUUAAAUUGAUCAGAUUGAUAUUAAUUUAAGAGACAAUGUAAUGAUGAUAUUUUGUAGUGUGGUCCUAUAAUUACCGACCCAGUGGAUCCCAGUAUGUUUUCAGUGUCUAAUGUGGAAUAUUCACACAGGUGACUGUGCACUAAACAGAUAGUUGUGGGGGGCAGUUAACUUGCAACAUUUGGGCCAAAACAUUUCAAGUUUUCAUGCUUAUCACUUAACUAAUGAAAUUAAGCAGCAUAAUCUUGCCUGCCUCAUGGUUUUGCCCAGUUGCACUUCCCCAUUAAGGUAAAAAAAAAAGGAUUUAUAAAAUAAUCUGCUAUGUGAUGCUAUGCUCUGGAGAAAGAUUUUCCAUCAGACAGGGUUAAAAUGUAUUUUUAUUGCAUUUCACUAGAAAAAAAAAUGUUACUACUGAUUGCGCUACACUUUAAAUGUCCAAUGUCAAAUAAAGAGGUAACAUUGCGUCA